AGAACAUGGAUUCACAGAAGGAUGUUCAGCCUCCCAAGCAGCAGCCAAUGAUUUACAUUUGUGGAGAAUGUCAUACAGAAAAUGAAAUAAAGGCAAGAGAUCCUAUCAGAUGCAGAGAAUGUGGCUACAGAAUAAUGUACAAGAAAAGGACAAAAAGAUUGGUGGUUUUUGAUGCCCGAUGAUGACGCUGAAGAUACAGUGACUUCAUGAUGCAGUUUAAUCUUUCUGAUAACUUUGCUCUGUGAAACUAUUUGUGCACACUCUUAUUUGUGUUUUAAGAGAUUGAAAUAUUAAAAUUUUUUGUAAUACU